GGUGGAGUCACAAGUCCACGCCUCCAGCAGCGUGGGAAUAACACACAAUAGUACUAGUAGGAAUACUAGUUGGACUACUAGUAGAAGAUGGAUCUAUCCUGUGAGUCUGCAGAAAGAAGACCCAUCAGUUGCAAGUUGUUGGAGCUCCACGUUCUCUUGGUGCCAGACGACCAUUGGGACGUCAAACUGAAUAAAGUGUCUGCAGAGAGCACAGACAGCUUCAUCUCCGCUGGAUUCAUCAGAGUUCAUCCUGACGUCAGCCUGAAAGCUCUGAGGACUGACCUUGUGGAUCUUCUGGGCUCAGAAAGAAGCGCGGACAAGUUCUGCUUCCUGAAAUGUGUCGGUCGCAGUCUGGCCUUGGUGAGAAGCAAGCAGGAGAAGGAAGUGAAAGUGAAAACGUUCGCUCCGCCUUACGCCGAGCAGCCCGAACUUUAUCUCCUUCCUGUUGUGGACAACGACUUUUCUCACUCGCUCAGUCCCGCCUCCCCGGUGACCUUUGACCCCCACAAGACCUGGAGCUCGCCAGAGGAGACGCUUAGAUUCCCACAUCAGGCUCCGCCCACCUGCAGCCUGGAGGAGGAGGAGGACUUCAGCUCCUCUGAGGAAGAGGAAGGGCAGGCUGAGGAUGAAGAUGAAAGUGGGUGUGGCAAGAGGAGCGAGUGGGCGGAGUCAGGACAAAGGAACCAAAGGACAAGUGGACCACUUUUUCACAAUAAAGUGAAAGAGGAAGAAAAGUGCAGGAAGAAGAAGAAAGUUCAGCAAAAAGCAAGCAGAGAUCAAGUGGAGGAAACACCUGCACACAGGCUGGGGAAGACAUCAGAAGUGCACAGGUGUAAGACAACAAGUGUGGUAAUGAGCAACAUUCCAAAGGUAAAUGUGUCACAUGAAGACUCAAUGUUGUGUUUGUGUGAAGGAGACCAAGUGAUGGAGGAGAUCAGGCUGGUGAAGGAAGCAAGGAAGCAGUUGGAGUGGAGGAGACAAGAGCUGCUCAGGAAAGGAAAAGACUUACUGGCCCAGAACAGACAUCGCAGGAACCAAGCUCGUGACAGCUGGAAAAAGAAGUAUUUUGAUACCAAGAAGGCCACAGCGCCGUUAGAAGAGGCUCUGAAGAGCGUGCGACAAGACCUGGAGACCUUUUACAACCAAGUCCUUCAUCAGCUGCACGCUCGGGAGAGCAGGAGCAAGCCACAGAAACAUGGAUGCUCUGAAAAGAACGAGCUCAUCAUUCAGAUCCUGAGCGAGAGCCAUGAGAUGGAGGACAUGAAGAGGCAGGUGGAGGACGCCAAGAUGAAGCUGCUGACGGAGAUGAAGCUGAGGAAACAGGCUGCCACUGAGCUGAGGGGCCUGAAGGCGGAGCUGGCCCAGAAGAAGAGUCAGUCCUGCCAUCUUGGGCCUGUGGCAUCUCCAAGAUAAGUCCAAGUAGCCACACGUGGAGCUGUUGGAUCCUGACAGCACAUCAAAUGAAACCACCGCCGUCUGGUGGAGUUAUUUUGAACGACAUUAGGAGGUUGCCUACAGCCACAGUUCAUAAUGUCUUUUUUUUCUGAUGAUUCAGCAGUUUUUUAAAUAUGAAGUUAAGGACGAACUGCACUUUUUGGGGUAUUGUUUUCUAUAAAUUGCAAUCCUUAUGUAAGACAAGAACACGUUUCUUUUUUUUUUAAUGCAUUCUAACUCAUAAAUAAACGUUAGCAAGAGUCAGCUAACAAUGAAGUUGAUGGGAGUUACUCUAUUCCGCCAAUAAAGCACUUAAUGAAGGUUUUUAGAAUUCUAUUUUUUAAGUGCCUCAUUUUAAGCAUACGGCGAUGCAUUCAUUUCACAGACGCAUCAUUCACUUUUCCUUCGACAACACUACUAAUCAUGGCAGACUUCAUGAGACAAAAAAAGACUACUUUGGGACACACUUUUAGUCAAACACUAAGCAUGUAGCACUGUUGCUACCUGCUAAACAAGAUAUACAAACUAUCAACAUAAUAAAACAAUCACUUACUGUACAAUGUCUGCUCUCACCGGGAUGUUUAUAUCUUCCCGUUAGGAUGGAGAACUAAUUAUAAUCCUUACGCAGGUACAGAAAAAUAAAAGGUGCCACA